GCGCCCACCGAAGCGUCACACCACAACAAGGAAAUAUCUGGCGUAUUAUUUUGCAGCCACCAAGCCUCCUCUAUAACGGCACCGGAAUCAGUGGGAGGCUGUCUGGGACAAGUUCUCGCCUGACACUUGGACAAGCCAAGCGUGAAAAACCAGACGGCUGCAAUUUCGUUAUUCACAAUAUCGAACAAUCGCUUUGAGGCUACAACUGCACAGAAGGAAAGGAGCAAGUUCAUUGCCUGAACUUCGGUAGAAACCGUCAUAUUAUCGCACUGUGGCAACAUCGACUUAUUUCACUGCACAGCGAAUCUUGUUGACUGGCUUCGAACUGAUAGACAAUGGAGAAGAAAGAGUGACACAUGGUACAUGGAUCCACAAAAACCCAAUCGUUCAGCAUGACUGAAUUCAGUCAGCGGAAACUUUGCCGAUUGUGAUCUGGAUAAAGUACACGAAAAAUAAGCUACCCCCACACACAUGGUUUAUGCUUUUAUGGAGCCUUCCAACCCUGAGACGCAGGCCACUGAAAAUGGUCGUAAGCAGGGGAAGGGGGAGGUUGACCCUCCUCUCCAAAUUGGCCAAGGAGGAAUCAACCAGCUUGGGGGCAUGUUCGCAAAUGGGCGUCCCCUGCCAAUGUACAUCAGGAAGCGAAUCUUGGAGCUGGCCCAUCUCGGUCUCCGGCCCUGUGACAUCUCACGGCAACUGUUGGUCUCGCACGGGUGCGUCAGCAAGAUCCUCAGCCGGUACGCAGAGACGGGGUCCAUCCUACCGGGGGCCAUCGGAGGCAGCAAGCCCCGGGUCUCUACCCCAUCUGUGGUCAACAGCAUCGCACGGUACAAGAAGGUCAACUCCUCUAUGUUCGCCUGGGAGAUCCGGGAGAGGCUGUUGGCGGAUGGGGUCUGCACGGGGGAGAACCUGCCCAGUGUGAGCUCCAUUAACAGGAUACUGAGGAGCAGCUGCCGGGAGGGCGAUGCUGCUGACGACAGAACCCCAUUGAGUGAGCCAGAGUCGACCAGCACCCAAUCAGUAACAGGGGAGGUCGGCUACACCCCCAAGAAGGAGGCUUUAGUUAAAACGGAAGUGCAGGACAACGGCCGGCCAUCCGCAGCCCAGGGAAGGCACACCACGUCGUUUGCCAUGGAUGACAUACUGGGGACUACAAGGAAGAAAAGGCCACGUGACUGUGAGAAUAGCUCGGCUGUUGGAAGAGAUGAAAGUGAAAUUGAGAGUAACAUGAAAGCAAUUAAAAGACUGCGAAGAAGCAGACAGGUCAGCGCGGACCAGCAACAUCAAGGAAGUAGCUUCUCUCUCCCCGGGGACAAAUGGCAAGACACAUCGCAGUCGAACAGUACCGCCCUCAGCGAAAGGAUCGUCUACAGACCAGAAGUUCGUCCUAUCACGCAGCCGGCAUUCGUACAUGGGCUCUCGGCCUUCUCGUAUCCGACGGAUGGAAGCCAACUGUGGAACCUCGCCCUCUUCAGAAGCUUUGCCUUUGCGCAUGCCCAAGCCCAGAUUCAAGCCGGCGCAAAUGAGUCUCAGGCUCUUCGCCACCGGCACCAGACCGAGACCGUCUCUCGACACACUGCGCCCUCUCUCGUCUUGCCUCACCGUCUCCCCCUUCCAGGGCACCCCAUCCAAUGCUACGCUCCACCGGUGGUGGCAAGUCAUCAUGAUUUCAGAAGGGGAGCCAUACCUGGAUUUUCAGCCAUGAGAUUCAAACAGGUUCAGAUAAAGGCCGAGGAGGGGCCUCAGACUGAUUGACAAAGUGUGGUUUUGCACCAGCGUUUUCUUUAUUCCUGGGAGCUAUCUCGAAAUCAAAACCAAUGCCAAAGUUCGUAACUUGUAGAUGUGUACAAUAUGUCAUCCUUUUAAGCACCUAUUGUUGAGGAGCCUUAAGGUCCAGUGCCCAGUGUAUGCAAAUCUGUUACUGAAUGUUCGCUCUGGCGCAGUUCGUUGCAAAUAACACCAGGUGGAUAUUAAGUUUCAAGUUCGUGGUUGAAAUUUAUCAGCCCAACGUUCCAGAAUUUCUCUAAUAGGCCUACAUGUAUUUUACAUUCAUUCACAGUGCAAGACACUUUGAUGGGCGUUUCCCGGCUUUUUAGGGAAACGUCCCCCAAGAUCCCUCCAAAAGAGUAUUAAGGCACGUUUUUGGACGUUUUGGGUUAAUUUGUUAUAUGGAAAGACCAAACUGAGCACUCUGCUUUGAUGAACCACUCAGUCUCGGCAUUCAGAUGAAGGUGGGCGCUCCAUGGUUAAAAAAAGGCAGAGAGUUCUUAAUUAAUACAAUUACAAUUUAAGACUCCUGUAAAGACCUCAUGACUCAAAGAAGGGUCUUCGUAACAGCUUGCGAGUCUUAGGUUGAGUCACAAUUAAAUUUUCAGGCACAGCUAGCAGUGCGAUUCUUCCUGAGUCAUUUCAUGUGUCGUCGUUGAUAAUGAAGGAAUUACUAAGCAAACGCCGUUACUUCUUGAUAUUUUUGUUACGAAACUGAAGCUGUCACUACAUGUUUCUGCGACUCAUGCUGUAAUGAAUAAACUUGCUAUUUUACAGCGAGGAA